AUGAAGAUCUUCUUCGCCUUGCUCCUAGCAGUGCUAGCUGGAUUCGUCCAAGCACACACCUCCGUCUUCGCCAUCUUUGUCGACGGUGUAGACCAAGGGCUCGGGAACAUUCCCGGGGGCUACAUCAGGAGUCCGCCCAACAACGACCCGAUCACGGACGUGUACUCGCCUGCCAUGACCUGCAAUGUCAACAAUUCGCCAGCCGCCAGAACCAUCGAUGUCUGGGCCGGUCAGGUCAUCACGUUUGAAUGGCACCGCAACGCUCGUGCGGACUGGGAUGAUAUCCUCGAUCCGUCUCAUCGCGGCCCGGUCAUCACCUACAUCGCACCAACCUACGCCUACGGCAAUGUCUGGGUCAAGCUGGCGGAAGAGGGUUUCGACGGCGUCAAGUGGGCCACUGACAAGCUCAUUGAAAACCGAGGAAAGCACUCUAUCAAGGUGCCAGAUCUUGUGCCUGGCGAGUAUCUUCUGCGUCCGGAAAUAAUCGCUUUGCACGAAGGCCACAAAAAGAAGGGUGCGCAGUUCUACAUGGAAUGCGUUCAAAUUCGGGUCAAGUCGAACGGCUGGAGGUUGCUUCCCGCCGGCGCGGCACUUCCCGGUACAUACAACCCCGAACAAGAAGGAAUCUACUUCGACCCCUACAAGCCCUUCAAUCACUAUCAAAUCCCCGGACCGCCUGUGUGGGAGGGCUCCUGGGGUACCGGAAUGUCAGGCGACACCGCCCUUGAUCCCGUCACUUCGGCAGCUCCAAUUGCGGCUACCACGCCUCCAGCUGCCCCUUCGACCUUGGUCACAGUGGCGAAGCCCGCGCCUUCCUCGGCAGCUGGCACUGGCACUGGCACUGGCGGGAAGGUGGAGAAGUAUGGUCAAUGCGGCGGCCGCAAUCAUGUCGGAUCCAUCACCUGCGUUAACGGCGUGACCUGCCAAGUCCAAAACGAGUGGUACUCUCAGUGCCUUUGA